UGCCAAACCUGAUGGUGUGGCUAAAGUUAGCCUCCCUCAAGCUAAUAUAUAAGACCCCAUGGGGCCGAUGCAUACAUGUCAGUCCCAUCGCUUGGCGUAGGCUUCUCUUCUUGACCAACAACAACCCCACAAACUUUAGAGAUGGCACCCAAGAAGGCAAAGAGGAGGCAGCAGCAGGGUGAGGGUGGGUCCUCCAACGUGUUCUCCAUGUUUGAGCAGAGCCAGAUCCAGGAGUACAAGGAGGCUUUCACAAUCAUUGACCAGAACAGAGAUGGCAUCAUCAGCAAGGACGACCUCAGGGAUGUGCUGGCCACCAUGGGACAGCUGAAUGUGAAGAGUGACGAGCUGGAUGCCAUGGUGAAGGAGGCCAGCGGCCCCAUCAAUUUCACAGUCUUCCUGACCAUGUUCGGCGAGAAGCUGAAGGGUGCUGAUCCUGAGGACGUCAUCCUGAGCUCUUUCAAGGUCUUGGACCCCGAAGGCACCGGCACCAUCAAGAAGGAAUUCCUUCAGGAGCUCCUGACCACCCAGUGUGACAGGUUCAGUGCUGAGGAGAUGACCAACCUGUGGGCUGCCUUCCCCCCUGAUGUGGCUGGCAACGUGGACUACAAGAACAUCUGCUACGUCAUCACACACGGAGAGGACAAGGAGGAGUAGAUCCCCUCUUCUCUACCUCUAUUAACACUCAUAUCUAUGCCGCCAUCCACUCGCUCCAUCUGCCACAACGCCACAACUUCCCUUUGCAAACCCUCACGCCCAAUUCCAACCUUUCUGCUCACAAAAAGACUUCUCUUCUUUGCCGAGACGCUGAGUGAGAGGACGGGGGGGAGGGAUGUAUAUAGGGGUAGUUUGUAAUCAAUAGGAAUUAUUUACAAUAAAAAUAACCGUAUUACAAUAAAACUCUCUCCCUAUCUCUGUCCCUGCCUUUUUUUCCUCCUCUUUUCUCCUUCCUCCAUUACUCAUUCUGAUUUUUUACGUUGAGGCUAUCAGUGCUUUCAUCAGACCUACGUCCACAGUGUAUAAAGCGGUUGAUCAGAACGUCUUCUGGGUGCUUUGGUGCCUGCACGGCCACUUGCUUGAAACAAGCAAGCGGUCUGACCCGGUCGGGUCUGUUAGUCUCAACCUCACACAGAAUGCCUAAUGGCUUCCUCCCCUUUAUCACAGCGAGAGGGUAAAAGGUAGGAAGUAGUGCACUACAAUAGCUUGCCUACUCCGCCCUUUUGCUAAAGGAAAUGAAAUGAGGAGCUGCAGUAAAAAGAAGGAAAGUGUUUAAUCGCGAGAGAACGAGAUGGGGAAAGAUGGUGAGUUUGAGGGGAAGACAAGUGAUAAACAAAAGAGAAAAAGAAAGGGGUCUUUGUUUUUGACUCUUCGUCUGCUCCUCUCACUGUUUUGCUCCAGUUGCUAUAAUUGUGUCUCUGUAUCCACUGUAACAAAGAAAGAAGUACAAAUAAAACCGACUGUCUUUCGUA